GCUUCACUGCGACUCGAGACCCAGAGUUCGGGGUCUCGGAGCCCCUGAAGCCUCGAAUUCAGCUUUGUUUUGAUUCUCGUUUUCUGUUGAAAUGUGGUGGCGAGCUGUGUGUGUUUACGAGCUGGUAAUGUUCUAGUAAUUCCCUAAGAAAUCCAGAGCUUAAUGUCCAAUAAAGAUAUGGCAAGUAUGGAAGUGGACGAAGAUGUGGCUGCUGAAGCCACUUCCUCAUCUCAGUCACUGGCUGUGGAGAGCUCUAGCCAAGCUGCUAGUGGCAUCAUAAGUGUUGCUGCUCCCACCUCGCCCCUUCCACCACCUCCACCACCAUCUCAGUCAACAUCUGUUGUUGCAGGAGGCAGUAACAGUGAAGUUGUUAGUGGAGAUGGAGAUACUGUGAUGGCAUCAGCAGGCACAGUGGGCAGUGUUUCUGUGUCACUCCAUCCCUUGGUCAUACUUAAUAUCUCGGAGCAUUGGACACGUCAGAGAGCUCAGGAAGGCAAGCCAGUGCAAGUGCUUGGAGCUCUGAUUGGAAAGCAGACUGGUCGUCACAUAGAGAUUAUGAAUUCUUUUGAAUUGAGUUACGAUGAACUGGGUGGACAUAUCAUCAUUAGUCGUGAAUAUUAUACACUUAAGGAAGAGCAGUACAAACAAGUAUUUAGUGAUAUGGAUUUGCUUGGAUGGUAUACUACUGGUGACACUCCUGGGCCUCCUGACCUCUUGGUUCACAAGCAAAUCUGUGAUCUAUUGGAUAGCCCUGUAUUCCUUAAGCUGAACCCUAUGGCACGUCACACUGAUCUUCCAGUAAGCAUAUAUGAAAGUGUCCUGGACUUAGUGAAUGGAGCUCCUACUAUGUUGUUGGUAGAACUGCAAUAUACAUUAGCUACUGAGGAAGCUGAACGCAUUGGUGUGGACCAUGUUGCCCGGAUGUCAUCACACGACACCCAGGAGAGUUCCCUUGUUGCAGAAAAUCUUCAAGCACAGUAUAGUGCAAUAAAGAUGCUGGCUAGUCGAGUGCGCUUGAUUGCAGAAUACGUUCGUGCCAGCCAACGUGGUGAGGUGGAGUUCAAUCACGAGAUCCUUCGGCAGGUCAAUGCUUUGGCCCACCGACUUCCAGUCUUAAAUAGCGAUAAGUUUCGAGGAGAAUUUUAUAAUCAAUGUAAUGAUGUAGCACUGAUGUCUUACCUUGGAACAAUAACUAAGUGCUGCAAUACUAUGAACAGAUUUAUCAACCGAUUCAACCUUUUACACGAGAGAUUAGCGAUGGGUCGCCGGAUGCGAGGACUUUUCUUUUAAGGUGUAUGUCCUAAAAGAAUGAUAUGUAAUGUUAACAACUGCGGAUUACUUGGCUAUUAUUUAAUCAAAUUACUCUGAACCCCCCCAAAAAUAUUAAUUGCCAUAUUGAGACUGGUGUCAUAUCAUUCUGCAAAUUUUGUGUAUGUAUAGUUAGAUCUAAUGAUCACAGAGUCUUUAAAUUUAAUGAUUUAUUAAGUUGUGUGCUGGCUAUAUUAAUCUUUCAUAUGUUUGUACAUAUCUCGAUUUGAUAUUUUAUAGAGCUUGAAGGUCUUAAUCAUUUAAACUUAUAUUUUGUUUGAUAUCAGCAUAGAGUGCAGUACAGUAUUUGAUUUAAUACAAAGCCAUGCUUAAAGGUAACUCUUAAUGCAUUUUACAAUUAUAUUGUCACAGAGAUAAAUAUCAACAGAAAAUUAUUGGCAACAUUUUGAAGUUGAAGUGUAUUUCAGGAAAUUAUUAAUAAAUGAACUUGGAGCUUCCUUUCUCAGACAAGAGAUGGGACUCAUUAUCCUUGUACGUAUAACCUUUUCCACCAGAGUAAAAUUGAGCUUAUAAAUAAAAAUACCAAUAGGUUAAAAAUGUUAAGUGUCAAUAAUAAAUUUACACCAAUUGA